AUGAAGCUCUCUUGCACGGUACCAGCACUGCUGGGCCUCAGCUGCUUGGCCGGCACUAAUGCUUUCCAAAUGCCACCAUCCAGUCGACAGAAUCAUGUCUCCCUCCAAGCAGCCACGACGUCAGAACCAACCGCAAUCAGUGAUGAGGCCAAAGCUGCAAAGGAAGAGCUCUUGCAGUUACUUGGAACACGGGGAUUUCAAGAUCCAGUGUUGGCUGACCCUGAUACGAAAGAACCGAUUCGAGUGGUGACAUCAGGAAUUAUUAUGGGUGGCAAUGGCCAACGAAAAAAGAUUGAUCUUCAAUCCUCUACCAAUAACUAUCGAGGUAGCUCGGAUACCUUCUUCAAUUUGCUAGAGGCGGUUCAGUCAGCGGACAAUGCCGAUUCCGAUAGCAGCAGGUCGGGUCUCGUCGCUGAAGCCGCCAAGAGAUUGAUCCCGUUCAUCCCCCCUCCUCUUCGGUCGCCACUGGCCACGGCUGGAUUUCCCGUCGGAGAAGACUAUGUGCCCAUGAGAGACUUGUUCACCAGCCCAAGUGUAUCCUUUGCCUACGAAAGAGGCUGGCGCCAGGGAUUCGCCGCAGCAGGAUUUCCAGGGCCUGACAAGGAAGCCGAGUUUGCCAUGGACUACUUCGCGCCAGCGAUUGCCAAGGCUGAAGGAUCCAAUGUUCUAGUCGAUAUGAGUUGUGCUACUGGUCUUUUCACUCGUCGAUUUACCAAGAGUGGCAAGUACGACCGGGUUCUCGGUUGUGACUACUCGGCAUCCAUGCUGCAAGAGGCUCGGCGUAGAAUCAAGGCGGAUCCAAGCCUUUCCCCGGAGAGACGACAGUCGCAGUUGGACCUGGUUCGGUGCGACGUUGGCAGGAUACCAAUGAAGUCCGAGUCCGUUGAUGCGUUUCAUGCUGGUGCUGCCAUGCAUUGUUGGCCCGAACUGCCGAAGGCUGCAUCUGAGAUUUAUCGCGUACUGAAACCUGGAGGAAGAUACUUUGCCACUACAUUCCUCUCAAGCUACUUCGGAACCCUUCAAUCGGCUGAAGGAGGCGCUACUGGCCCAUCCAGGCAAGCUUUCCAGUACUUCGCAUCCACCCAAAUGCUUCGUGAGCUGAUGGAAGAAGGGGGCUUUUCGAGGGAGAAAAUCUCGGUCGAAGUGAUCGAGCCCUCUGCAGUGAUUAUCCGUUGCGAAAAGUAA